AUGGAUACAGAAUCGACGUAUUCGGGAUACUCCCACUACUCAGGUCACUCCAAGAAAGCCCACAGACAAGGGAAAAGGAGUCGGGACAGGCACAAAUCACCACGAAGCAAAGAUGGCAGUCGGUCUGAGAAGUCUGUCACUAUCCAGACACCUCCUGCAGAGCCACUGCUUGGGAACGAUGCCUCUCGGGCAGAGGAGGGCCAGGAUGACAACUGGGGUGAGACCACAACAGCAAUUACAGGCACCUCUGAGCACAGUAUUUCCCAGGAGGACAUUGCUCGGAUCAGUAAGGAUCUGGAAGACAGCGUUGGGUUGGACUGCAAACGUUACCUGACCUUAACAGUGGCAGCUGUUCUCGGACUCCUUGUCUUCCUUACCCCUAUUGCCUUCAUUCUGUUACCCCAGAUCCUGUGGCGGGAUGAUCUGGAGCCGUGUGGUACUGUCUGUGAGGGACUGUUCAUCUCUGUGGCAUUUAAACUCCUCAUUCUUCUGAUUGGGACUUGGGCUCUGUUCUUCCGCCAGCCCAAGGCAGAUAUUCCAAGGGUGUUUGUGUUUCGGGCCCUUCUGUUGGUCCUCAUCUUCCUGUUUGUGUUUUCCUACUGGCUCUUUUACGGCGUUCGCAUCCUGGACUCGAAGGACACCAACUACCACGGAAUCGUGCAGUACGCAGUGUCUCUGGUGGACGCUCUGCUCUUCAUUCACUACCUGGCCAUUGUGCUGCUGGAGCUGCGGCAGCUGCAGCCCAUGUUCACCGUCAAGGUGGUUCGGUCAACAGACGGAGAGUCACGAUACUACAGCAUGGGGCACUUGAGCAUCCAGCGAGCUGCACUGGUGGUUCUGGAAAAUUACUACAGAGAUUUCACAGUCUACAAUCCAGCUUUGUUAACAGCCUCCAAAUCCCGUGCAGCCAAGCACAUGGCUGGCCUGAAAGUCUACAAUGUUGAUGGCCCAGGUAACAACGCGUCGGGGCAGUCCCGUGCCAUGAUAGCGGCGGCGGCGCGGCGCAGGGACUCCAGCCACAACGAGCUCUACUACGAAGAGGCUGACCACGAGCGCCGGGUGAAGAAACGCCGUGCCAGGCUUGUGGUUGCAGUAGAGGAGGCUUUCACUCACAUCAAACGCCUCCAGGCAGAGGAACAACAGAAAGCUCCAGGAGAAAUGAUGGACCCCCGAGAAGCAGCCCAGGCAAUCUUUCCCUCCAUGGCAAGAGCUCUGCAGAAGUACCUUCGCACCACACGCCAGCAACAGUAUCACAGCAUGGAGAGCAUCUUGCAACACUUGUCCUUCUGCAUCACCAAUAACAUGACACCAAAGGCGUUCCUGGAGCGUUACCUCAGCCCAGGCCCAACCCUCCAGUACGAUAGGGAUCGCUGGUUCUCCAAGCAGUGGACGCUCAUCAGUGAGGAAGCGGUCACAAGCGGGUUACAGGAUGGCAUUGUGUUUGUCCUCAAGUGCUUGGACUUCAGCCUUGUUGUUAAUGUGAAGAAAAUCCCCUUCAUCAAACUCUCAGAAGAGUUCAUAGACCCUAAAUCUCAUAAAUUUGUCCUCCGCUUACAGUCUGAGACUUCAGUCUAA